GGCCGGGUGUGUGGGGAGGGGGCGGCGGACAUGGAGCGGGUGAACGACGCUUCCUGCGGCCCGUCGGGCUGCUACACCUACCAGGUGAGCAGGCACAGCACCGAGAUGUUGCACAACCUGAACCAGCAGCGCAAAAACGGCGGGCGCUUCUGCGACGUGCUCCUGCGGGUGGGAGACGAGAGCUUCCCUGCGCACCGCGCCGUGCUGGCCGCCUGCAGCGAGUACUUUGAGUCGGUGUUCAGCGCCCAGUUGGGCGAUGGCGGAACUGCGGACGGGGGUCCCGCUGACGUGGGGGGCGCAGCGGCGGCCCCGGGCGGCGGGGCUGGGGGCAGCCGGGAGCUGGAGAUGCACACCAUCAGCUCCAAGGUGUUUGGGGACAUCCUGGACUUCGCCUACACUUCUCGCAUCGUGGUUCGCCUGGAGAGCUUCCCCGAGCUCAUGACGGCUGCCAAGUUCCUGCUGAUGAGGUCGGUCAUUGAGAUCUGCCAGGAAGUCAUCAAACAGUCCAAUGUGCAGAUCCUGGUGCCCCCUGCCCGGGCUGACAUCAUGCUAUUUCGUCCCCCUGGGACCUCAGACUUGGGCUUCCCUUUGGACAUGACCAACGGGGCAGCCUUGGCAGCCAACAGCAAUGGCAUUGCAGGCAGCAUGCAGCCCGAGGAGGAGGCAGCUCGGGCAGCUGGGGCAGCCAUUGCCAGCCAAGCCUCCUUGCCUGUGUUACCUGGGGUGGACCGCUUGCCCAUGGUGGCUGGACCCCUGUCCCCCCAACUGCUGACUUCCCCAUUCCCCAAUGUGGCAUCCAGUGCCCCUCCCCUGACUGGCAAACGAGGCCGGGGCCGCCCAAGGAAGGCCAACCUGCUGGACUCAAUGUUCGGGUCUCCAGGGGGCCUGAGGGAGGCAGGCAUCCUUCCAUGUGGCCUGUGCGGGAAGGUGUUCACUGAUGCCAACCGGCUCCGGCAGCACGAGGCCCAGCACGGUGUCACCAGCCUCCAGCUGGGCUACAUCGACCUUCCUCCUCCCAGGCUGGGUGAGAAUGGGCUACCCAUCUCGGAGGACCCGGAUGGACCCAGAAAGAGGAGCCGGACCAGGAAGCAGGUGGCCUGUGAAAUCUGCGGCAAGAUCUUCCGUGAUGUGUACCAUCUCAAUCGGCACAAGCUUUCCCACUCGGGGGAGAAGCCCUAUUCCUGCCCUGUGUGUGGGCUGAGGUUCAAGAGAAAAGAUCGCAUGUCCUACCAUGUGCGGUCCCACGACGGGUCUGUGGGCAAGCCCUACAUCUGCCAGAGCUGUGGGAAAGGCUUCUCCAGGCCUGAUCACUUGAAUGGACAUAUCAAGCAGGUGCACACUUCUGAGCGGCCUCACAAGUGUCAGGUGUGGGUUGGGAGCAGCAGCGGCCUGCCGCCCCUGGAAUCUCUUCCUAGCGACCUGCCAUCAUGGGACUUUGCCCAGCCUGCUUUGUGGAGGUCGUCCCAUUCGGUUCCUGACACCGCCUUUUCCCUUUCUCUAAAAAAAUCCUUCCCAGCCCUCGAAAACCUGGGCCCAGCACACUCCAGCAACGCUCUCUUCUGCCCAGCCCCUCCGGGAUAUCUGCGGCAGGGCUGGGCCGCCCCCGAGGGCAGCCGGGCCUUUCCCCAGUGGCCUGUGGGCUAGCCUGGCCUCCCGGAGAGGGUUUUCGGUGGAGGGACCGGGAGCGGCGGUUGCUCUGAGACCCUUGCUUUUGGAGAGGCCAGCGGAGUGGUUCCCACCCACCACGCCUGGCUCCUCCCAGGGUGGCCUGGAGUCUUUCCCAGCUCAGGGACCCCAGAUGGGACAGCAAGAAGCUCCUUGGUCCCCACCCACUCAGGCUCAGGUCCCCCUGGAGGUCCCUCCUUGCCUGGGUGAUGGUGGAGGUUGGUGCAUUCCUGAGAACUAAGCCACUGGCUUCUGUGCUUCCCCUCCGCCUGGCAUCACCUCCCCUAAGGCAGGGAGGGGUUUUCUAGAAUGGGGCCUGGCCACCCCUCCCCCCACCCUGGGAGUGAAUGCCCCACCAGAGGAGAUGCUGGUGCCACUCCAGCUGGGUCAUCCCCCGCUGCCCUGCGCUUCCCUUCCCCUCAGACAGGUCCUGCUUUCAUUUCUGGCUAGUGAAUUAGACUUUUGUGUUUUCGAGGUUUAUUAGCAGGUCUGCUCAGGAACUAGACUAACCAGUAGCUUUGUAUUGGGUCACCCCAGCAUAUAGCUUUGGGGCUGAUAAAGCAGAUGUAUGUAGACGCCCCCUCUUGGGUCCUGUUGGUGUGCCCUUUAGCCCCCGCGGGCUCCGUGGGGUAACAGGAGUGAUGAUAAAAGUUUUAAUUCUAACAUUUGAGGCUUUGUGUGUUUUGUCCUUGGUUUGUGUCAUAACACUGACAUCAUUGUCCCUGGGUGUCCACGCCCUCUCAACCAGCCCUCGGGCAGACCUGCUGGCCCUGCCUCCAGUCCAUAGCCAGAACUCCUCUACCGGUGACCCAGCAGGUAAAGGCAUGCUGGCUCUCAUGUGCGGGGCUGGCCCAUCAGGUGUGCCUGGGCUUGGUUAACCAGCAGGGGCAUCUGUUUUGCAUGGAGUAUAUUCUAAAAGCCUCAGAGGUGACUAUCGCUCUCUGGGAGUUGGUUCUUUGGGCCCCUGGCAAAGCUGGGCAUGUACCUCGCAGCCCCUCCUGAUGCCACAGAGGACGGAGAGCCAGUUACCAAGGCUGGGCCACAGCUUGAGUGAAAGGGCUAGCCAAAUGUCAGGGCAUGAACCCUCAGGUUGGCAGUGACACAGAAGUCGCCUCAGGGCUGGGCCUGAGAGUCCUUAACUGGCGGCAUCUCUCAGUGCCGUGGGCUAGGACAUUUCCCCCUUGGAGCUCAGCCUAAGUGGAGAGGCUAGAGCAGCUGAGAAAUCUCCCAUUGCUUCCAGUGGCCCCACUUCUCAGGGGCUAGUGGGGGGCUUGGGCUGGAGGGGUAGCUUGUUAGAGAAGGAAUGCUAGAGGUGGGAAUAAGGGAGCUGACGCCGGGAAGAAGGGCGCCAGCAAGGCCUCUGGUGCCAGGCCUCCAUGCAUAGCCCAUAGCCUUCCCCAGGGCUGUGGAGAGAUUGCUUGGGACAUCCCCUGAGGCUGGCCAACUUCAAAGCCACCCGAGGGCAGGUGUGAUUAGUUCCUGGUACCAUUGGGCUCUCUUUCUGAGCUGCUCCACCCUUGGGAAGAACAGCACUGGGAAGUCUGGGAUAGGGAGAACCUGGGGGUGUGGGUGGGGAAGUGAGCAUGUCUGGGGCUCAGUGUGGAGUGGUGAUGAGCAGACGUAACCCAAGCUCAGGUUGGCUGGGCUGGGAGCUGGCAUUUGUGCUUAGCAAUAGCAGGCUGCCUAAGUACAGGGCAGCCGUUCCAAGCGCCACCGGCAAUCAAUGGCUCACUGCAGGCUCACUCUUGUCCCAUCAGGGUCCCUCUCCUCCCUGUCUCCUGGAAGGGAAAUGCCUUUCUCUGGAGUUGCCCCCGCAUGGAGGUUCUGGGUGAUCCCCUCUUUGAUAUGUCUCCCCUCAGCCACUGGCAUCUGUCCCUCCUCUCCUGGGUCAUGUGACCAGCCUCUUUAUGUCCUGUGUUCUCUGACCUUCUGGCAGGUGUAGACUCAGACUCACACACUUGCAAGAUUCCCCCAGAAAACUUUGGGGACUCGGCCAAGAAGGGUCAACUCUGGCGCAGAAAAGCCAACAAUCGCUCCAGUUUGGCUUUGUCACACGGUGAAAGUUUUUGUUGUGCUUUGUGUCUUUUUCCCAGCAGCAGAUUUACAUUCCUAAUGAUGUUUGCCCAGGCUGAAGUUAGCCUUCAUUCCUGGAGAGAUCAUCAAUGGAGGAUGGGUGGGGGGAGCCGGCCUGGUCUGAGAUUUUAAUUUUGCUUAGCUAAUCCUCCAGCUGGAUAAUCCACUUGUGGAUAAUUGAGGUUUGGCGGUCCAUUAUCUUUAGCCAGCAAAGUAUGACAAGCAGUGCUUUAAGGGACAGGUCCCAAAAGAAGGCUGGCGAGAGAAACAAGGCAUCUCUUUCAUAUCCGUCUAGUGGCACCCUCUCCCGGGGAACUCGGGAGACAGUCCUGAAUGCGCGCUUUCAGCUGCACGUUCUCACACCUGGGCCAUGUGUUGUUCCUUUGAGUUCCGAGGCACAGGCCACAUGGCCUCUCAUCAUUGGGUAGGUGACUGGCUGGCAAAGCUGGCUCUUGACUGCGGAUAAAUCGACAGGUGCGCCCUCCAGAGGGUGUUGACAGCAGCCCUUGCUCUGGUUCACAGGCCGGGGGGCCAGGUGGAGAUUCAGUCUCUCUCCCCCCUCACUCUGGCCUAUAAUUGGGUCUAGCGGUCCCUUAAUGAGGCGGGGCCGACCUGUGGCCAUGAGACCAAGCACCCAUGAUGCUUUCUGAGGCACCUAAGUGUUCGCGUUCCCCUGUACAGUCCUGUCACCUCUUCCUGCCAGGGGAGCCCUGGCCACCAAAUACACGGUGUUAAAAAGUCUCGGCACCUUUCACUGGCGAGAAGCGACCUCUACUGAGCCUAGAGAUGGUGAGGGCACAGGCUCGGGUGACUCACAGGCCAACUGUCCCGUGUCCUCUCAGGGCCUCCGUCUGCCCCGCAGGACAUCAGGGAAGACAGGGACCCCGGGGCAGCCGGAGGGAUCGGUAGGGUACUGGGCUGGCAUGGCAGGGUGUUCAGACCGCUGCUUUCUCUAGUAGCCGAAUGUGCUUUGGGCAAAUCACUUUCUAAACUCAGCUUCCUCAUUUGUCAAACGAAUAAACUCAAUAUAUGAAACAAAUAAAAGCGGUCUUUUGUUAGUAUACAUUGUUCUGUUCAGAUUUGUAACGUUUACUUAAAAGAUAAUGAGAACAGCAAGGCCUGUCCUGAUACACACAGACACUGGGGAUUAGGGUAGCAGCCAUGGCAUUUGGCCUGCACAGUAUCACGUGGGUUUGUUUCUUGCUUUUGGUUGGACAGUAAGGAGACAGAUAACUGUACUUGUGCAGUAAGGAAAUAGGUGAGUGUAUGUGAUGACUGCACUGCUCACUUACCUUAAGGAUCUCAGGAUAUGCUUCUGUUAAACAGACACAGUAGGAGCAAGUUAGCAGGGUAGUAGCAGGUCUUCAGUGGGUUAACGUUCGAUCUGUAAUGCUCUUAAAGGGGCAGGCUGCUUUCUCUUGAAGUUCUACAACAGUAAACAUACACAGAGAAAUGAGAGACUCGACUAGGACCCCGGGAACACUUCCAUAGAAUCAAAAUAGCCGGAGAGUCACCGGACUGAACUCUCCUGAGGACUUUCCUGACAUUCCGUGGCCCCCAAGGCCCGUGCAAGCCCCAGCUGAGGAAAGGGUGCUGGGGGGAGAUCAGGGACUGAGGCUGAGUCAGGUUCCAGACACAGGAAAUGCCCGGGGCUUGGGCCUGCCCUCCCAGGGUGCGGGUGCUGACCCUUAUCACCUGAGUCAUCUGCCCCUGGGACCUGGCCAUGAGUUGGUGGUCACGGCACAACUUUCUGUGACCGCACUCUUGGGAGGUGAUAACACAGCCUACCCCGGAAGGCUACUGUAAGGAUGGACCUGGUGAGAUAAGUGCCUCUAAAAGACUAAGCGCGGUGCCCGCCUGGCACGGAGUGAGUGCUCGAUCAAUGUAGGGUAGCAUCACCUUCCUUGUUCUUACCAGCACUUCCCCAACUUAACAUUUCACAAAUGCUCCCAAAGCCUCUGGCCCGCCUUCUCUCUGCUCUUUCUCCUGUUAGCAGCAUGGACGCUAUCAUGUUAGGGGCUGCUUUUUCAAUACAGACUCGCGAGAAUAUGGGAGUAAUCUAUGGGCUUUGUCCUGCUUUUCCUUUCCCUGUGGCCAGGACGAACAUUCACUUUUGAAUAAAGGGAAUAAAUGGAAUUCUUUGUAUAAAGCAACUAGGGAAACCCAGGAUAGAGAACAGGAAGACUGUUUAUAUGCCAGGAACUCUUGUGUAAAUUCCCUUACAGUCAAUGCAUCUGAAUGUUUACAAAUGAACAAAUGCAUCAUCUUCGUUUUGUAGGGGAGCAUAGUGUGCCGUGCUGUGGUAGUCAUGGGAACCAGGAAUUCCAACGCCAGUGUCCCGUGUGGGCAAUCAGAGCAGCGGGCUGGCCUGUGGGGGAGAAAGCCUAGGCCGUGUUCUGAAGCUCUCUGAACAAGGAGUCGAAUGCGUCGGCCAGAAGUGGUUUUGUUUCGCGGCACGCUCGGUGAGGAGUCAGGCGCGGCAUGCCAGCUUUCCCCUCAUCCCGUUUUCCUUUCUG